AUGCCUCCUCCUCCUCCUCCACCUCCUCCACCACCUUCUUUUCCCCAGCCUGGAUCUGAUCGGAUAAAUGGAGCUUCUAUAACCAAAGAGCCAAAGUCUCGCAAUGGUGCAAGCACAAAUACAAGACAUAAACCACCUGCACCAGCACCAGUACCAACAAGAAGCUUCCCUUCAAUAUCAGCGGUUCCUUUGCCUCCAAGUUCAUCAUCAACAAAACCUCCACCACCGCCUCGAGCUAAUGGGGUCCCACGGCCUCCACCACCACCACCUCCUCCACCAUUAAGUGGUGCUUCUAAACGCAGUGGCCCACCGCCUGGUCCUCCUCCAAGAUUGGCUAAAUCUGGUGUAUCUAUGCCUCUGCCAUUACCCGAAGUGGACACACUAGAGAGUAGAAAGCGAAAAUGGCUUCAAACUCAGAAACGUAGGUACCAAUAUAAAAAGGCUAAGAAUAGCGGAAUAAUACAACCUACAAAGGCAGAGAUGCCUCCUGAGCAUCUUCGGAAGAUCAUGAUAGAUCAUGGCGAUCUUUCCUCUAAGAAAGUGGCCUCGGAUAAACGUUCCCAUUUAGGAGCAUUAAAGUACAUGCCCCAUGCCAUACUUAAACUUCUUGAGAAUAUGCCAAUGCCAUGGGAACAACAAAAGGAUGUUAAGGUCUUGUAUCAUACAACAGGUGCCAUUACCUUUGUCAAUGAAGUUCCCCGAGUCAUCGAACCAGUCUUCACGGCUCAAUGGGCAAGCACAUGGACAGCCAUGAGACGAGAGAAGAGAGAUCGUCGACAUUUCAAGAGGGUAACCUUCCCAGCAUUUGAUGACGAAGAACCUCCCUUAGAUUGGCUUGAGAACCUUGAAGACAUCGAACCUCUAGAUGGCAUUCAACUAGAAUUGGAUAAUAACAAUAAUAGUAAAGUUGGUGAUCUCAAUGAAUGGUUAUAUGAAAAUAAGCCAUUCAUUGAUGACCCUGAAAUUGUUAAUGGAGAUUCCUAUAAGACAUGGAAUCUUGACAUUGAAAGAAUGUCAACCUUAUAUAAAAUCAGCAAGCCAUUAACAGCAGAAGCUGGACAUAACUCCAAUAAUCAUUAUUUAUAUGAAAAGAAUGCAUUUUUGACGUCCAAGAGUUUGAACUCUGCUCUUCCAGGAGGCCCCAAGUUUGAACCUUUAUUCAAGGAUAAAUUGAAUAAUAAAGAAUUGGAAGAUUUCACAGAAUUCAAUUCCAUUGAUAGAAUCAUUUUUAGAAACCCCAUCCGUACAGAAUACCGGGUUGCAUUCCCUUAUUUGUACAAUUCUUUUGUGAAGAAGGUUCACCUUUCCUUAUACCACGAACCACUUGACUGUACUCAUGAUAUGGACUCAGAAUUAUGUGCAUUUAGUGGAGGUAACAUGAACUUAAUCAAAAAACAUCCACGUCAUUCAAAAACCAACCAGAUAAAAGAUCGAAAGAUGCCUUCAACUUUUAGUUCCUUCUUAUCAGAAAAGACAUACAAUUCUGCUAAAGACGACAAUGAAGAAAUGGAACAGUUCCAACCAUUAAGUCUUGAACCAAAAGGAACCAAAGAUGCUCUUUUACUUUGGCAUGCACCUUUCCCCUUCAACCGUAGAAGUGGAAGAACAGUUAGAGCCGAGGACGUUGCCUUAGUCAAACCUUGGUACAAGGAAAGACCACAACGAAACUCACCACUAAAGGUCCGAGUAUCCUAUCAAAAGUUAUUAAAGAAUUCUGUCUUAAAUGAACUUCAUAAUCCACCUGGAAGACCAAAGAAGACGAAGACCAAGAAGAAAGUCAAACUUCUCAAGUCCUUAAAGGCAACGCCCUACUUUCAAGAAACAACUGUUGAUUGGGUGGAAGCUGCUAUCCAAGUGUGCAGACAAGGUCACAACAUGUUAAACUUGUUAAUUCAUAAGAAAGGUUUGACAUACCUACAUUUGGACUAUAACUUCAAUUUGAAACCAACCAAAACUUUAACCACCAAGGAAAGAAAGAAAUCUAGGUUUGGGAAUGCCUUCCAUUUGAUUAGAGAGAUCCUUAGAGUCAUCAAACUAACUGUGGAUUGUCAUGUUCAAUAUAGAUUGGGAAACAUUGAUUCGUUUCAAUUGGCUGAUGGAAUUUAUUAUGCUCUUAAUCAUUUGGGUCAGUUGACAGGUAUUUACAGGUACAAGUAUAAGGUAAUGCAUCAGAUCAGACAGUGUAAAGACUUGAAGCAUUUGGUAUACUCACGAUUCAACCAAAACAUUGGGAAGGGACCUGGAUGUGGGUUCUGGCAACCAGCAUGGAGAGUUUGGAUAUUCUUCCUAAGGGGGGUUAAUCCUCUAUUGGAAAGAUGGCUAGGAAAUCUUAUAUCUCGUCAAUUUGAAGGUAGAAGAGCCAAUGAUGUGGCCAAAUCCAUCACCAAACAACGUGUGGAUUCGUACUAUGAUUUGGAGUUAAGAGCACAAGUGAUGCACGAUAUCUUGGAUAUGAUACCCGAUGGCUUAAAGCAGAAUAAGUCUCGAACCAUUCUUCAACAUCUAAGUGAAGCAUGGAGAUGCUGGAAAGCCAAUAUCCCCUGGAAGGUCCCCGGAUUACCAGAACCUAUUGAGAAGCUUAUUGAACGGUAUAUUCAAGCCAAAGCUGACGGGUGGAUUCAAGUUGCUCAUUACAACCGAGAUAGGUUAAUGAAGGGUUCAACCGUUGAAAAGACUGUUGCUAAGAAGAACUUGGGACGUCUUAGUAGACUUUGGCUUAAGAAUGAACAACAACGACAAAUUGAUUUUGUUAAAGACGGUCCUUAUAUUACAACUGAUGAAGCAGUGAUAAUGUUCAAAACAAUGGUCCAUUGGCUUGAAGGAAGAAAGUUUAGUCCUAUCCCAUUCCCUCCAAUCUCUUAUAAACAUGAUACCAAAUUGCUUGUGUUAGCGUUGGAGAAAUUAAAGGAGAAUUAUUCUGCCAGUGCCAGGUUAAACAGUUCAGAAAGAGAAGAGUUAGCAUUGAUUGAACAAGCCUAUGAUAGUCCUCAUGAGUUCCUUGCCAGGAUCAAGAAGUUCCUUUUAACUCAACGAAUCUUUAAAGAAUCCAAAUUUGAAAUGAUGGACCAUUAUAGUCAUACGGUUCCAACAUAUGAAAUAGAUCCUUUGGAAAAGAUAACCGAUGCAUAUUUGGAUCAAUAUUUAUGGUAUGAGGCUGAUAAAAGAAACCUUUUCCCCAAUUGGAUCAAACCCAGUGAUGAUGAAAUCCCUCCAUUGCUUGUUUAUAAAUGGUGUCAAGGUAUUAAUAACUUGGAAGAUGUAUGGGAAACUUCUAAAGGUCAACGGAACGUGAUGCUUGAAACUUCAUUACAAAAGUUUGCUGAAAACAUUGAUCUUACUUUGCUUAACAGAUUAUUAAGAUUAAUUGUCGAUCCUAAUAUUGCUGAUUACAUCACAGCAAAGAAUAACAUUGAUAUCACUUAUAAAGAUAUGAAUCAUGUUAAUAGAUUGGGGUUAAUUCGAGGUCUUCAAUUUUCUUCGUUUGUUUAUCAAUAUUAUGGCUUAAUGGUAGAUUUAUUGGUCUUAGGUUUGGAUAGAGCCAAUGAAUUGGCUGGGUCUCCUCAGAUGCCCAAUUCUUUCCUCCAAUUCAAAGAUUCCCAAACGGAAGUUGGCAACCCUAUCAGAUUAUAUUCAAGAAACGUUGAUAAGAUCCACAUUUUCUUCCGGUUCACAGCUGAAGAAUCAGAAGAAUUGGUUCAAGAUUAUCUUUCUGAAAACCCUGAUCCUAAUUUUGAAAGCGUGGUUGGAUACAACAAUAAAAGAUGUUGGCCUCGAGAUUGUCGAAUGAAGUUGAUGAGACAAGAUGUUUAUUUGGGGAAAGCAGUGUUUUGGGAGAUAGCUGGAAGAAUCCCUACCAGUGUGACAUCACUAAGCUUUGAAGAGUCAUUUGCAUCGGUUUAUUCAGUGGAAAACCCCAAUGUUUUAUUCACCAUGUGUGGGUUUGAAAUUAGAAUUCUUCCCAAAUGCAGAACAAUAGCUGAUGCUUCUUCUUCAUCGGAAGGAGUUUGGGACUUAACAAACCUAGAAACAAAGGAACGAACGGCUAAGGCAUAUCUUCAAGUCAGUGCAGAAGAAGUGGAGAAAUUCAACAACAGAAUAAGGCAAAUCUUGAUGUCUUCUGGGUCAGCAACAUUCACCAAAGUUGCAGCCAAAUGGAACACUGCAUUGAUCGGGUUAUUUGCUUACUUUAGAGAAGCCAUUAUUGCAACAGAACCUUUAUUGGAUAUUUUGGUGAAAUGUGAAACCAAAAUACAAAACAGAGUUAAGAUGGGAUUAAAUUCUAAAAUGCCCACCCGGUUCCCUCCAGCGGUAUUUUAUACUCCAAAGGAAUUGGGAGGUUUAGGAAUGCUUAGUGCUUCCCAUAUUUUAAUCCCUGCUUCAGAUAUGAGAUGGUCUCAACAAACAGAAACUGGAAUCACUCAUUUCAGAGCUGGUAUGAAUCAUAAGGAAGAAAAGAUGAUUCCAACGAUUUUCAGAUACAUUCAAACUUGGGAAAAUGAGUUUCUUGACUCUCAAAGAGUUUGGGCUGAAUAUGCCAUCAAACGUCAAGAGGCUUCAGAGCAAAAUCGUCGUUUAACCUUUGAAGAUAUGGAAGCCAGUUGGGAUAGAGGGUUACCUCGGAUUAGUACUUUAUUCCAAAAGGAUCGUCAAACUUUGGCUUAUGAUAAGGGACACAGAAUAAGAAGGUAUUUCAAACAAUAUACCAUGCCUCGUCAUAACCCUUUCUGGUGGACAAGCAAUCAUCAUGAUGGUAGACUUUGGAAUCUUACAUCUUAUCGUACAGAUGUCAUUCAAGCAUUAGGGGGAAUAGAGACAAUUCUUGAACAUACAUUAUUCAAAGGUACCGGGUUCGAUUCCUGGGAGGGGCUCUUCUGGGAAAAGGCUUCAGGAUUUGAAGACUCGUUGAAGUUCAAAAAGUUAACCAAUGCUCAAAGAUCUGGGUUAUCUCAAAUUCCAAACCGUAGAUUCACUUUAUGGUGGUCACCAACCAUCAAUAGAGCCAAUGUCUAUGUGGGGUUCUUAGUUCAAUUGGAUUUAACUGGGAUCUUUUUACAUGGGAAGAUCCCCACGUUGAAGAUAUCAUUGAUUCAAAUCUUUAGAGCUCAUUUAUGGCAAAAGAUCCAUGAGAGUAUUGUUCAUGAUUUGUGUCAAGUGUUUGAUAAGCAAUUAGAAUUACUUCAAAUUGAUUCGGUUGAUAAGCAAGCCAUUCAUCCUAGAAAAUCGUACAAGAUGAAUUCGUCUUGUGCCGACAUUGUGCUCAGCAGUACUUAUAAAUGGAAUGUUUCCAAGCCUUCGCUAUUGUUUGAUAAGAAUGAUCAAUUCAGCAUUGCAACUAAUAAGCUUUGGGUGGAUGUUCAAUUAAGAUAUGGUGAUUAUGAUUCUCACGAUAUUUCUCGAUAUACCAGAGCAAAGUAUUUGGAUUAUACCACUGAUACUUCAAGUUCUUAUCCUUGUCCCACAGGUAUAAUGGUGGGUAUUGAUUUGGCUUAUAACAUGUAUGAUGUUUAUGGGAAUUGGUUCAGUGGAUCCAAACCAUUAAUGCAAAAUGCCAUGAAGGAAAUCAUGAAAGCCAAUCCCGCUCUUUAUGUGCUACGAGAACGGAUCAGAAAGGGGUUGCAACUCUAUCAAUCCAAGCCACAAGAAGCCUUCUUAAAUUCCAAUAAUUAUGUUGAAUUGUUCAACAAUGAAACCCAAUUAUUUGUUGAUGAUACCAAUGUCUACAGAGUCACCGUUCACAAGACAUUUGAAGGGAAUUUGACUACCAAACCAAUCAAUGGUUCAGUUUUCAUGUUGAACCCCAAAACAGGUCAAUUGUUUUUGAAGAUUAUUCAUACUUCAGUAUGGGCUGGACAGAAAAGAUUGGGUCAAUUGGCCAAAUGGAAGACAGCAGAAGAAGUAGCGGCUUUGGUAAGAUCAUUACCAAGAGAAGAACAACCAAAGCAGUUAAUUGUUACCAGAAAGGGGAUGUUGGAUCCAUUGGAAGUUCAUAUGUUGGAUUUCCCCAACAUUUCAAUCCGUCAAUCUGAAUUACACUUACCUUUCGCCUCAGCCAUGAAGAUCAAUAAGUUGGCAGACAUAGUAUUGAAAGCUAAGGAACCACAAAUGGUUCUCUUCAACUUUUAUGAUGAUUGGUUGAUGACCAUCAGUGCUUAUACUGCGUUUUCCAGAAUCAUAUUGUUGUUGCGUGCCUUUGGUAUUAAUCAAGAAAAGACAGAGUUGAUCUUAUAUUCCGAUUCCAAUGUUACAACAGAAGAUCAUCAUAUCUGGCCCACUUUAACCACAGAACAAUGGAUAGAAGUUGAAUCCCAACUACGUGAUCUUAUUUUGAAUGAUUAUUCCAAGCGAUUCAACGUGAACAUUCAAUCUUUAACCCAAUCAGAAAUCAGAGAUAUCAUCUUAGGUCAAGAUGUCAGAGCACCUUCUAUCAAGAGACAAGAAAUCCAAGAUAUAGAGAAUGGUCCAUCAAAGGAAUCAGGUGAGGCAAAUAAGCAAUUGACGGCCUUGAAAACAACCACUACCAAUAUUCAUGGAGAAGAGAUUGUUACUGUCACAACCACCAAUUAUGAGCAACUGAUGUUCUCCUCUAAAAAUGAAUGGAGAAACCGUGCCAUUGCUGCUAAUAAUUUGCAUCUAAGAAGUAAGAAUAUUUUUGUUUCUUCUGAUGAAAUUAAAGAUGACGAUGAUCGGUUCACAUAUGUCAUGCCUCAAAACUUACUUCGGAAGUUUAUUCUGAUAUCCGAUAUUCGUUGUCAAGUUGGUGGAUUCAUCUAUGGGACAUCUCCUAAGGACAAUCCUUAUGUCAAAGAGAUUAAGUUCAUUGCUCUUGUUCCUCAAUUAGGAAACACUCAUGCUAUUCAAUUCCCUAAACAACUUCCUGAUCUUGAAGAAGGUGGCGCUUUAGAAGGAGUUGAAUUACUUGGAUGGAUCCAUACUCUGUCACAGGAAUCAGACCAUUUAACUCCCAUUGAUUUAACUACCCAAGCAGGUUUUCACAUUGAGUAUUCCCGGAAUUUUAUUACCUUAAUGGUGGCAUAUACUCCAGGUUCGGUUACAUUAACUGCAUUCAAUGCCACCUCCGAAGGCUAUGAUUGGGGUAAAGCCAAUAACAAAGACUUCAUGAACGAAGAUCCACAAGGGUUCUCCAAUACCUUUAGUGAAAAAAACCAAUUGAUAUUAACUGAGAACAUCAUGGGGUCCUUUGUUGUACCUGAUGAUAAUCUUUGGAACUUUACGUUCAUGGGUUCAGUUUGGAACGGUAAUACACCUUAUACCUUGAAGCAAGAUAUUCCCCUUUCAUUCUAUGACUCUUUACACAGGCCAAUCCAUUUUACAGCUUUUGGUGAAACAUCUGAAGAAACAGUUGAAGCCGAUAGAGAAGAUAACUUUAGUUAG